GCGAGAGGUUUCAGAAAGGUAAAAAGGGGCGCCAGUCGACCACGGACCCCUCUUCUUCGCUUUGCAUUGCAAGAAAGGAAAUCGAAAUAGCUACGAAGGGAGGCGGAUGGUCAGAGGAGAAAGAGGUUCCCACAGUAAAAGAAGGUCUGGAUGAUGUCCCCAAAGGUGCCUGGCUUAUAUUCCAGAAGAUGGCCUGGGGGUGUUCCAGAAAGGAGUGUCUCUCAGGUUCUGAGUCGGAAAGGGAGCCAGGUUAUGGAGGAGACAGUGUGUCAUCUGUAAUUUCAUUUGGAAAUACGAAGAGACCAUUUAAAUGUGGUGAAUGUGGAAUGUGCUUCAGUCCAUGUGCACAGUUAAUAAACUCACAUCAAUAAACUCACAGAGUGGGGAAACCGUUUAAAGGUAUGGAGUGUGGAAAGAACUUCAGACAAACUUCAUCUCUUACUUCACAUCAUCUAACUCACAUGAGUGAGAAACCCUACAAAUGUAUGCAGUGUGGAUGGAAAUUCAGUAUGAGUAGACAACUUCUUGUACAUGAAAGGAUUCACGCAACAGAAAAACCAUUUAAAUGAGUGUGGGAAGAGCUUCUGUCAUCGCAUAACGCUAAGCAAACAUCAACGGACUCACACAGGGGUCAAAUAUUUAAAGGUAUGGAGUGUGGAAAGAGCUUCAACACUAGUGGAGUGCUUAGAAACCAUCAAUGGACUCACACAGGGGAGAAACCAUUUAAAUGUAUGGACUGUGGAAAGAGCUUCAACACUAGUAAAGUGCUUAGAAAACAUCAAUGGACUCACACAGGGAAGAAACCAUAUGAAUGUAUGGAAUGUGGAAAGAGCUUUCCUUCAGGUGAUCAUCUGAAUUUACAUCAUAGAACUCACACAGGGGAGAAACCAUUUAAAUGUAUGGACUGCGGAAAGAGCUUCACGCAUAAUGGAAACCUUAGAAGUCAUCUACGGAGUCACACAGGGGAGAAACCAUUUAAAUGUAUGGAGUGUGGAAAAAGCUUCAGUCAGAGUUCAUCACUUAAUAGACAUCAUCAAACUCACAUGGAUAAAAAAACCUACAAAUGUAUGCAGUGUGGGUUGAUAUUCAGUAUGAGUAUACAACUUACGGUACAUCGAAGUAGUCACACAGCAGAAAAACAAUUUACAUGUGUAGAGUGUGGAAAGAGCUUCACCUAUAAGGCAAACCUUAGCAACCAUCAACGGACUCACACAGGGGAGAAACCAUUUAAAUGUAUGGGCUGCGGAAAGAGCUUCACACAUAAUGGAAACCUUAGAAAACAUCUACAGACUCACACAGUGGAGAAACUAUUUAAAUGUAUGGAGUGUGGAAAGAGCUUCAACACUAGUGGAGUGCUUAGAAACCAUCAAUGGACUCACACAGGGGAGAAACCAUUUAAAUGUAUGGACUGUGGAAAGAGCUUCAACAAUAAUGGAAACCUUAGAAAACAUCUACGGAGUCACACAGGGGAGAAACCAUUUAAAUGUAUGGAGUGUGGAAAAAGCUUCAGUCAGAGUUCAUCACUUAAUAGACAUCAUCAAACUCACAUGGGUAAAAAACCCUACGAAUGUAUGCAGUGUGGGUUGAUAUUCAGUAUGAGUAUACAACUUACGGUACAUCGAAGUAGUCACACAGCAGAAAAACAAUUUACAUGUGUAGAGUGUGGAAAGAGCUUCACCUAUAAGGCAAACCUUAGCAACCAUCAACGGACUCACACAGGGGAGAAACCAUUUAAAUGUAUGGGCUGCGGAAAGAGCUUCACACAUAAUGGAAACCUUAGAAAACAUCUACGGACUCACACAGGGGAGAAACUAUUUAAAUGUAUGGAGUGUGGAAAGAGCUUCAACACUAGUGGAGUGCUUAGAAACCAUCAAUGGACUCACACAGGGGAGAAACCAUUUAAAUGUAUGGACUGUGGAAAGAGCUUCAACACUAGUAAAGUGCUUAGAAAACAUCAAUGGACUCACACAGGGAAGAAACCAUAUGAAUGUAUGGAAUGUGGAAAGAGCUUUCCUUCAGGUGAUCAUCUGAAUUUACAUCAUAGAACUCACACAGGGGAGAAACCAUUUAAAUGUAUGGACUGCGGAAAGAGCUUCACGCAUAAUGGAAACCUUAGAAGUCAUCUACGGAGUCACACAGGGGAGAAACCAUUUAAAUGUAUGGAGUGUGGAAAAAGCUUCAGUCAGAGUUCAUCACUUAAUAGACAUCAUCAAACUCACAUGGAUAAAAAAACCUACAAAUGUAUGCAGUGUGGGUUGAUAUUCAGUAUGAGUAUACAACUUACGGUACAUCGAAGUAGUCACACAGCAGAAAAACAAUUUACAUGUGUAGAGUGUGGAAAGAGCUUCACCUAUAAGGCAAACCUUAGCAACCAUCAACGGACUCACACAGGGGAGAAACCAUUUAAAUGUAUGGGCUGCGGAAAGAGCUUCACACAUAAUGGAAACCUUAGAAAACAUCUACAGACUCACACAGUGGAGAAACUAUUUAAAUGUAUGGAGUGUGGAAAGAGCUUUCGUUCAGAUGAACAUCUGACUUUACAUCGUAGAACUCACACAGGGGAGAAACCAUUUAAAUGUAUGGACUGCGGAAAGAGCUUCACACAUAAUGGAAACCUUAGAAAUCAUCUACGGACUCACACAGGGGAGAACCCAUUUAAAUGUAUGGACUGCGGAAAGAGCUUCACACAUAAUGGAAACCUUAGAAAACAUCUACGGAGUCACACAGGGGAGAAACUAUUUAAAUGUAUGGACUGCGGAAAGAGCUUCACAAAUAAUGGAAACCUUAGAAAACAUCUACGGACUCACACAGGGGAGAAACCAUAUGAAUGUAUGGAAUGUGGAAAGAGCUUUCGUUCAGGUAGUCAUCUGACUUUACAUCGUAGAACUCACACAGGGGAGAAACCAUUUAAAUGUAUGGACUGCGGAAAGAGCUUCGCACAUAGUGGAAACCUUAGAAAACAUCUACGGACUCACACAGGGGAGAAACCAUAUGAAUGUAUGGAAUGUGGAAAGAGCUUUCGUUCAGGUGAUCAUCUGACUUUACAUCGUAGAACUCACACAGGGGAGAAACCAUUUAAAUGUAUGGACUGCGGAAAGAGCUUCACACAUAAUGGACACCUUAGAAAACAUCUACAGACUCACACAGGGGAGAAACCAUAUGAAUGUAUGGAAUGUGGAAAGAGAUUUCGUUCAGGUGAUCAUCUGACUUUACAUCGUAGAACUCACACAGGGGAGAAACCAUUUAAAUGUAUGGACUGCGGAAAGAGCUUCACACAUAAUGGAAACCUUAGAAAACAUCUACGGAGUCACACAGGGGAGAAACCAUUUAAAUGUAUGGAGUGUGGAAAAAGCUUCAGACAGAGUUCAUCACUUAAUAGACAUCAUCAAACUCACACGGGUGAGAGACCUUACACCUGUAACAUCGAAGAGGAAUAA